UUAAAAUUUUUCAAAUGCUUUAGUUUGCUCUUGGGAUACGACGCGUAAUUUAUUUUCCCAUUUCUUUUAUUUUACAUACGAUUCACAAUGACAAAUGACAUAUCUGAGCUGUUGCAAGUGUCAGGUACUCCAUCUUUCUCAAAACGGAAUUAUCUUUCGCAGAAAUAUUCUUGCGACAUAACAGCGUUUCUUACGUAUUUUUAAUCGCGGAACUGUGGACUGUUUCGCUGAAGAAGAUAAAAAUAACAAAAAUGGCUUUCCAAAGAUAACGAUUACUUUCCCUGUUUAUUUUUAAAAAAUCAUCUAAUUUCAAUUCUUGACAAAUCAGGUCCUGGCAUUAAAAUAACUAUAAUAAUUUCUAAAGAAAGCGAUACUUGGAGUACAAGCGUACAUAUUUAGUCUAUCAUUGAACAAUGCGACUAAAUAUUUGUAUUUAUGAUGAAUUUGUGAUGAAUUCAUCUGGCUCACGUCAUUUUUGGAAACGAUCCUGAACCUAUCAUAAACGUUAAUGAUGGUUCCAAAGUGUGGAUAAGUUCAUGAGAUGUUCAUCAUUUGUUUCUAUUGAAAAUUCAGUCAAAAUUAAGAUCUUUUGAUCCAUGAUGAAUAGGUUGAUCCAAUAUAGGUUGAGAAUUGUGUGAAAAUAUGACGUCAGCCAGAGGGUCAUAAUGAACAGUACUAUUUUUACAUAAAAUAUCAUAAGAAUAAUUUGUUGAAAAUCAAAUCUUUUACUCAUUAUGCUCUUUUUGUUUCCAUCGCUUCUCCCUGAUUACAUACUAGUUAAGUUUUCUUCUUUUCCAUCGAUUGUCAAUUGUUUAAACAAACAUCCGGUUAAUGAUAAAAGCGAAAUGAAUCACAGGUGAGACAUUCCAAAAACGCAAUACUGAUUAUAUUAUGCCAGGCGAUCAGUUAAGAAUGCCAAUUUAGUAGGAAAUCCUUAUAGGUGAUAAAAAAGUACCAUUCACAGUAUAAACCUGCAACGUAAUCUGGUAUAAACAUCUCAUAUUGUACACGGAUGAUACAUUAACUCUUAUCAGAGGCGAUUAUAUAAAUUCAAAUCCUUGUAGAAUCCUAUGCUAUUGCAGUUCGCGAUUCCUUACGUGAAACGUCGAUAGAUAUGAUUAUUCAAUGAAAUAUGAACACACAAAUUAAUUGUGCUAUAACUAAGUACUGAUAACAGAAAAAGAAACGAUUUCAUUUCAUGUUGUAUUUCGUCCCUUUGCUCUGCCGGUAUCCAUUUAAUUUUAACACGGUGGAAUUUCAAAUUUCCCUCCUUUGACGCGGACGUAGUAUUUUUUAAAAAUGGUUCUAAGUUUUACCGAAUGGUUUUUGAUGUCAGUGUUGAUAAUUAUUCUCAACGUGCUGGAGAUUUAUAGCCAUGGAAUGUUGAUGGUACCAGUCAACAGAGGAAGUGCCUGGAGAUAUGGAUAUAAUACACCAAUCAAUUACGAUGAUAAUGCCAAUUUCUGUGGUGGAUUCGCGGUACAAUGGAUAGCGAAUAAUGGAAACUGUGGAGCAUGCGGUGAUAAUUACUCCAUACAGCCACCACGACCGAACGAAAACAAAGGAACCUACGGUCGGGGAGUAAUCGUCGCAACGUAUAAUUCUGGAGCGGCGAUUGACGUAAGUGUCAAGAUAACUGCGAAUCAUCGGGGAUAUUUUGUAUUCUCGAUAUGUUCUCUAAGCAGUUCUGAUGACAUCGAUACGGAAGAGUGCUUUGAAAAAUAUCCUUUGAAAUUGGCGGACGGCACUGACAGGUACACUCUCAGGAGUUCUGCAACAGGAUUUUACAAUACAACUGUAAUUCUACCCACGUAUCUAACCUGUGACCAUUGCGUUUUACGUUGGCACUAUUACACAGCCAAUAAUUGGGGAAUAUGUUCAAAUGGGACUGGAGCUCUUGGUUGUGGCCGUCAGGAAACAUUCCGAACCUGUUCGGAUAUAGCGAUAAUAUCUCCCUCUAAGUAAAAAGGAUACAAAUUUUUUAACAUAUGCUUGGAGCGAGCAAAACUCGCACGCGAUGUCAGACUUGAAAAUAUGUACUUUGUUUUUUAAUUUAACGUAACUCUUUAUGAUUAGAUUAAUACGUGACAGUCGUAAAUCGGUGAUAAAACCCCAAAGAUACGACCUCAGCAGACGAUAAUGUAUGCUGUAAAUGAAUGUCAACGAUAUGCGAAUACUUGACACACUUCCACCAAACUUAAUGCAUCCUCGACCCGAGAGAUAAUGCAAUAUUAAAAAAGAAAAGGUUCUAAUUUGAUCGCUCAUUGUUUAUUUAAUUAUUAUUUAUUA